AUAAUUGAUAGGUAUUACAAAUGAGGUGAAUAGAAUUUUUAAAAAGUGAUAAUGCCUGAGGAAAAGGAAAAUUCACCCCGGCCGGCCGGAAAACCUAAAGCCCUCCCCCCCGCAGUCAAUUUUUUGAAUGCUGGAUUAUCCGGAAUGGCAGCUACGUGUGUAGUUCACCCUAUGGAUGUCAUUAAAAACCGGAUGCAAAUGAGCGCAGAGAAAUUAACCAUUGGAAAGACAAUAUCGUCCAUUUCGAGUGCAGGAUUUCAGAAAUUCUACGCUGGCUUGUCGGCAGGUUUAUUGAGGCAGGCGACCUAUACCACUGGAAGACUUGGAAUUUAUAACCAGCUCAAUGAUAUCUGGAAGAGUAAAUAUGAAGGAACUCCGGGAUUUGGAAGUUUGGUACUCAUGGGAAUGGCUGCUGGCUGUGCUGGUGCGUUCAUAGGAACUCCUGCUGAAGUCGCAUUAGUGAGAAUGACUUCUGACGGUCGCUUGCCUCCAGAUCAGAGAAGAAAUUAUAAAAAUGUAAUUGAUGCCUUCCUACGCAUCAUCAAGGAAGAGGGUGUGACGGCUCUCUGGCGAGGUAGUUUAGCUACUAUGGGUCGUGCUGCUGUUGUCAACACUUCCCAACUGGCUACCUACAGUCAAAUGAAGAUCUGGAUGAGUUCCAAAGCUGGCAUUCCCGAUGGUAUUCCGUUGCACUUUUCUGCGUCAAUGGUAUCCGGUUUCAUCACGGCCUUCAAUUCAAUGCCCUUCGACAUCGCAAAAACCAGAAUACAGAAUGCAAGCGUGAACGACAAAUCCCCCGGUGUUCUUGGAGUCAUCACAGUAAUCGCGCGAACCGAAGGAAUAGGGGCUCUAUGGAAAGGAUUUUGGCCGACCUACUGCAGAAUUGGUCCGCACACUGUCAUAACUUUCAUCUUCAAUGAACAAUUUGCACAGUUUUAUCGUCAAUUUGUGAUGAAAUGAACUUUUCAUAAUUAUGACAUGGGUCACUGACAUUAUGUAAUUACUUUAUUAAAGAAACUCAUUAUAUGGCUCUAGUACGAUAUAGACCAUCAAUAAUUUAAAUCGCUGAAGUCGGUAUUGAAAAUCUGAUACCUUGUGGUG